UAAGUUCUAAUAAAAUUUUACUAACUAUAAGACAUUUGCAUUUUAAAUUGUGAAUUAUGUUACCCAAAUUAUUUUAUUCUAUUUGUUAUACUUUUUUGAUUCUAACUACAAAAUUCUUUGUAAGUUGUAGAAUAAAGCCAAAAACAUAUGAGAAGUAUUAUUCAGAAGUAAUGGAUCAUAUAAGUGAACAAGUUGGAUGGGAUUAUAUGCAGUAUUUAGAAGUUAAGUCUUCUACAGAGAAAGGCUGUAAUAUUAAGGAAAUUAUUUGUAAAAAGAGUCCUAUAACAAUAUCAAAAAAAUUCGAUGCCGUAAUUGACACAUUGAAUUUCACGUACGCAGAAGUCAUCAAAACAUUUAUUGAUCAUAUUAGCAUUAUAGCUAACCAAUGUCAAGAAUAUUACAGCUUCAAUCAGGAAGAUAAUUUAUUACGUUGUGCAUUUUUACUUCAAAGUGUUGUGAAAAAUUCGAAAACUAUGUUUGAACAGUUAUACAAUGUAAUGAACUAUCUUAGCAACAUUGAUUUUAAAUUAUUAGCGAAAUUGAAAACAACAUUCUCUAUACCAAUAGUAGAUGAAAUUUAUACUUUUGUAGAAUAUGCAACAUUAAAAAGUCAACAAAAUUCACAGAUUUUUAUUAAUUCAAACGAUUCAAGCACAAAAAAAAUGGCUUGUGAAGUUAUUUUGGAAGUGCAAAGUUUUAUCGAAGGAAAAGUUCAUGAUAUCUACCAAAAUAUUAAAGUGAAAAAUAGUACAUACAUUUACAAUCAUAAACCAAAUUGCCUACUUGAAGAGAAUCUAAAAGACUAUAAAGCACAACAAAAUAAAAAUAUUGAAUUGAGUCAAUAUUUAAGUGAAUGGCUUAAAAUAUAUUAUAAUGAAAUUUCUAAAAAUUUCUACAAAAAUCUUGGAUUUGAACAAGUUUUAGAACCAAUUGAAGAAGGUUUCAAACAUCCAGUUCAUAUAUAUAAAAAUACUAGUCAAAAUCAGGUAAUCGAACAAAUAAACAAAAUCACUAGAGAAAGUGGAUGGAAUUCGUUGAAACAUAUGAGUAUUAUAUUUAAUGGUCAACUUAUAAGCGUAGAACGUAUUCUUAGACACCCGGCAGACAAAACAAAUUUUCAUUGUAAAAAAGAACAUAUAUUAAGAGUUAUCAAGUGCAUUUAUACAGAAAUACUGUUUAAGUAUUGCGACUAUGUAAUUUCUCUAUUAGAUUUUAUUAAAACGGUAAAUAUAAAACCUAAUGUUGCAGUAUAUACAAACUUGGUGCGUCAAAUUUUUGAUACAAUUCAUAAGACAACUAGAAUGUUUAAUAUAAUGUAUAAAACAUUGAUUUCUUUAAAUGAACUAAUGGGAGAUUAUUUUUAUAACAACAUUAAUUCGAAUAUAAAAUGUUUGUGUAAUUUAAUAACAAGAUUACUUGACGAAAUAAAUUCUGGAAAUUAUUCGAUUCAUGUUUUGGAUAGCAAAAGUGAUCUCAGUAAACAGAAAAUAUUGCAAUUUUACCCAAGAAUAUGCGUUAAUAACUUCUUAAGAGCUGUAAAAUAUAGCCAAUCGAGUAACUCUUCAUUACCUGUAACGUAUGAAAAACAAUGUCUAUUACAAAAUUUUGUGUUAAAUAUUGACAUACCUGAGUCAAUAAGUACCGACAAUUUUUCAUCUGCUUGUGACGAACUUAUUGUAUUUUCUAAUAAUUUUAUAAAAGUUUACUAUGAAGAGUUAGGUUUAAAUAAAUUAAAUUAAUUUAUUCGUCAA